UUCAAGUUCAAAGUUCUUAUCAGCCUUCAAUAGUGAACUUUAUCCGUUUAGAUGAAAUGGUGGGGCACAACUGAGAAAUGACUCUAACCAAAUAUCUCCAGAAGCUUUUAUCUAGUUCAAAAUUUCAUCAACCAAAUACAACUUGAGUUGCUAAUCUUCACAAUUAACGCGUCAAACUACAGUCUUUCUCACAUUUCGUUUCUUCAUUUUUGAUUCAACGACGACUACUUCUUAGGUGAUGAAGUGUCUUUCACCCUCGGCAUUGAGAUAUUCUCACAAUAUAUUCCCAACUUCCGACUGACCUAUCUUGACAUUUCCAAUUACCUAGCGACUUACACCUGGUGUAUCUAAGAAUCAACCAUAAUGGCCACCGCCACGCUCACCACGGCGGUUGCGCCGGUUAAGCACCAGGUUGUGGACAAGCUACCAAAGAAGUUCAAGCAUAUGAAGUUCGGCAUUCAGUCAAACCAAGACAUAGUCAACCAAGCUGUCAUAGAGAUUUCCAACCGAACUAUGUAUGAUGUUGAACAGGGUAGAGAACCAACUGCGAAUGGUGUGCUUGACAAGCGCCUGGGUACUUCAAGCAAGCAAGGUAUUUGCUCGACAUGUGGUUUGCGGUUACAGGAGUGUACUGGUCACUUUGGCCAUGUCCGAUUACCACUGCCCGCUUUUCACAUUGGGUACAUCAAGUUUACAAUCACCAUCUUGCAGAACAUCUGCAAGGACUGCUCACGAGUAUUGUUGACAGAGCCGGAACGCCGAAUGUAUCUUAAGGAAUUACGACGGCCCUUCAUCGACAACAUGAGACGUGUUGCUAUCUGUAAAAAGAUCAAUGAGCAGUGUCGAAAGGCCAAAAAUUGUCCUUACUGCGGAGCAGUAAAUGGUCAGAUUAGGAAAGUUGGAGCUCUCAAGCUUGUUCAUGACAAGUUUAUUGCCUUCAACAAAUCAACUUCGCAGAAGAAGCAGCCCCCUUCCAGCAAAAUUGAAUUCGACAACUCCUUUCGAGAAGCCAAAAAGCACGUCCAUGAUCUUGAUAAGCAUAUGAGGAAAGCUUUUGAAGAUUUGAACCCUCUCCGGGUUUUAAAUCUCUUUAAGCAGAUUAGCCCUACUGAUUGCGAGCUAAUUGGACUGGAUCCUUCUGAGGGACGGCCUGAGAUGUUUCUAUGGCAAUAUCUUCCUGCCCCACCAGUUUGUAUUCGGCCAUCCGUCGCCCAAGAGGGAGCAAGUAAUGAGGAUGAUCUAACGACUCGCCUUGGAGAGAUAGUUUGGGCAUGUGGCCUCAUUCGAGCUGCAUUAGAAAAAGGCACGGCACUCCAGACAAUCAUGGAACAAUGGGAGUAUUUACAACUGCAGAUCGCCGUCUACGUAAACAGUGAUGUCCCUGGUUUACAAAAUACCGGAAUGAAAACGAUGAGAGGUGUCUGCCAGCGCUUGAAAGGCAAACAAGGGAGAUUCCGUGGUAAUCUUUCUGGAAAACGUGUGGACUUCUCUGGCCGUACUGUCAUUUCUCCCGAUCCCAACCUGGCUAUCAACCAAGUUGCCGUACCGAUACUCGUUGCCAAAAACCUCACUUACCCCGAGAGGGUUCAUCGAGGGAAUAUCGAAAAGCUUAGGAAAUGCAUUAUUAACGGUCCUACUGAGUGGCCAGGUGCUCAGGCAGUUUUGAAAGAAGAUGGUGAUCAGUCAUUCAAAAUUUCCUUGAGAUUUGCCCCGAAGGAGUUAACUGCCAGAGACCUGAAGGAAGGAGACAUAGUUGAACGCCACCUCGAGGAUAACGAUAUUGUCCUAUUCAAUCGACAGCCAUCUCUUCACAAACUCAGUAUCAUGAGUCAUUUUGCUAAAAUCCGACCCUGGAGAACCUUCCGUCUGAAUGAAUGUGUCUGUGGACCUUACAAUGCUGAUUUUGAUGGAGAUGAAAUGAAUCUCCAUGUCCCGCAGACCGAAGAGGCUCGGGCUGAAGCUAUGAUUCUCAUGGGUGUUAAGUACAACUUAGUAACCCCAAAGAACGGAGAGCCCAUCAUUGCAGCAACACAAGAUUUUAUCACGGCUGCCUAUCUCCUCAGCAGCAAAGACAAUUUCUAUGAUCGCUCAACAUUUACCUACAUGGUCAUGCAGAUGAUGGAUGGUAUUACCCAUUUAGACUUGCCGGCUCCUGCGAUUCUUGCCCCUAAGCGUCUUUGGACCGGGAAGCAAAUCUUUAGUAUGCUCAUGCGACCGAACAAGGCUGACCCGGUCAAGGUCAAUCUUGAUGCCAAGUGCAGAGAUUUUCAGGAUCCAGGCCCAUCCGUGCCGGGUGGAAAACCAAGAGCGCCGGACAUGUGUCCGAACGACGGAUGGCUUGUCGUGAGAAACUCAGAAGUCAUGUGUGGCAGGAUGGACAAAUCCACAGUUGGAGACGGCAAGAAGGAGUCAAUAUUCUAUGUCAUUCUAAGAGAUUUCGGACCUGACGCGGCUGUGACGGCAAUGAACCGGUUGGCUAAGCUGUGUGCAAGAGUUUUAACCAAUCGAGGGUUUUCAAUCGGCAUUGGCGACGUCUUCCCUUCUGCUGCUCUCACUGAACAGAAGCAGGCACUGGUGGAGGAAGCAUAUAAAGCGUCAGAUACUCUUAUCGAGCUAUUCAACAAGAACAAACUGGAGAAAGCUGCCGGGUGCAGUAUGGAAGAGACCUUGGAAAACAAGAUCUCAGGUUCUCUAAGCAAAGUUCGACAGGCCGCCGGAGACUAUUGUAUUAAGACUCUCAGUAGGAACAAUGCUCCUUGGGUUAUGGCCUCGUCCGGAUCCAAGGGUUCAACCAUCAACGUCGCUCAGAUGAUUGCCGUCGUCGGCCAACAGAUUAUCGGUGGGAAACGUGUAGCUGAUGGUUUCCAAGAUCGAACUCUUCCACAUUUCCACAAGAACGCCCGCCAAGCUCCCGCGAAGGGUUUCGUCAGAAACAGCUUUUAUACGGGCCUGUUACCAACUGAAUUCUUGUUCCACGCCGUAUCCGGCAGAGAAGGCUUAGUCGACACGGCUGUCAAAACCGCAGAGACUGGAUAUAUGUCCCGUCGUUUAAUGAAAUCCUUGGAGGAUCUCUCUACUCAAUAUGAUGACACUGUCAGAACCUCUGGUGGAGGGGUGGUGCAGUUCCAGUUCGGUGCAGACAAGUUAGACCCUGUGGAUAUGGAAGGAAAGGCCGUUCCGGUCAACUUCGAGCGGACUUGGUCCCAUGCCGAAGCCCUUACCUGGAAUAACUCUGACAAGGCGUUGUUACCUUUUGAGAUUAUACAACUGUGUGGCUCCAUUCUUGACAACGAACGCGAACAUUACCGGAGACGAGGCCUGUUGCAUGGCGAGCCUCUGGAAUACAAUGAUACCAGCGACUAUGCAAUUGACGAGCAUGAGAGUGCCCGUGGGUUUCUUGAUACAGUGUAUAAACACAUAGAAGGCUUGGCAGUGAAGCUGGCAAAAUUCCGAACUUCUGCAGGUCUUGAUCCCUUGCUGGAUCGACCUACUGGCUCGCUAGCGACAAUUUACAAGAAGGAAAAGGGGACCGUCCCAAGACUUGCAUCAGAGAGGGUGGCUAAGAUAUCAGAGCGCACACUUAGGCACUUCAUUACAUUAUGCCUAGAAAAAUAUUCAAAAGCGCAUGUAGAGCCAGGUCAUGCAGUCGGCGCAGUCGGCGCUCAGUCAAUCGGCGAACCCGGAACACAGAUGACGCUGAAAACUUUCCAUUUUGCGGGUGUUGCUGGAAUGAGCAUUACACAGGGUGUGCCGCGUAUUAAGGAAAUCAUUAACGCCUCGAGAUUGAUCAGUACACCAGUUAUCAGCUGUCCUCUGCAGAACUCGAGGCAAAUAGAGGUCGCACACCUUGUAAGAGCUAGGAUCGAGAAGACUUAUAUUGAAGAUAUUCUUCGAUUCAUCGACGAUGAAUGGAGCCCAUCUAGGGCCUUUAUUACUCUGCACAUCAACAUGGAAACCGUGGAAGGGAUGCACUUGGGUAUUACCCUUCAAGAUAUUGCGGAUUCUAUUGUCAAGCAAAAGAAAUUGAAGGUACUUGCGACCGAUAUUGAUAUAUUCGAACAAGAUGCAUCCAUCGAAAUCACAGUGAAGCCUCCCGACCCGGACGCGGCAGCCAGGCGAGCGCCAAGAAGCAAGGCAGCUAUUGCUGAGGCCACAGCGGACUUGAUGGUCAAGGUAGGCCAGCUCAAACGUGUCCUGCCGUCCGUUCCAAUUUCUGGAUAUCCGGAAGCAACUCGUGCAAUCAUCCAAACAGACAUAGACAAAAAGGACAAGAAAGAGAUGUACACUGUUCUAGUCGAAGGAUAUGGCUUACGGGAAUGCAUGAAUACCGAAGGAGUCGUGGGCACCAAGACUCGUACGAACAGUGUCUUGGAGUGUCGAGAUAUUCUAGGCAUUGAAGCAGCCCGAACGACGAUUGCCGCUGAAAUCACAAGCGUCAUGGGCGAUAUGAAUAUUGAUCCACGACAUAUGGACUUACUUGCCGAUGUCAUGACAUACAAAGGCGAAAUUCUCGGUAUUACCCGUUUCGGUCUGGCUAAGAUGCGAGACAGCGUGUUGCAACUCGCAUCUUUCGAGAAAACAGCAGAUCAUCUGUUCGAUGCAGCAGCUGGGUUGAAAGCAGAUCGCAUUGAAGGCGUUAGUGAAAAGAUCAUUAUGGGACAGACUAUGACCGUCGGCACAGGAGCAUUUCAGGUCGUACGCUAUCUCGGCCAUAGAGACAGCCAUUUUACGAAGUUGCCGACGGUUUUUGAAGACGCUUGGGCGGAAGAGGAUUUGUCCUACAAGAAGAGGCGAAUGAGGAUAUAACCUGGAUUUCUAAAAGAUUUCCAAAAGUAUGGCCUAGGUUUAAUUACGUUGAUGAGUCAAAGGUACGUCUGCGGGAUUUGGAACAGCCGACGUGGAACGAAAGGGUAUGGCCAUAGGCUACGAAUGACAGCUUCGUUUCUAGUUUAUGUACGAUGACAGGUUUCGAAAGCAUUCGACUUAUAUAUUACAAUGAAUAUAAUCCUGAUGUAAAACUGUA